AUGUUUGCGAGCUACAAGAUUGUCUGCCUGGGCGAUGGCGGUGCUUACGAUCCGACAAUCGAAGAUUCAUACAGGAAGCACGCUGUCAUUGACGACCAGCCUUGCCUGAUAGAGAUUCUCGACACGGCAGGUCAAGAGGAAUAUACGGCGCUGCGAGAUCAAUGGAUAAGGGAAGGCGAGGGGUUUCUGCUUGUCUAUUCGAUAACAGACCGGACGACCUUUGAGCGCAUAGAUCGAUUCAGGUCGCAGAUCAUGCGCGUCAAGGAUAGCCCGAGGAUACCCAUCAUGCUCGUGGGCAACAAGGCAGACAAGAUAAAUGAUCGCGUCGUGUCGAAAGACGAGGGCGCUGCGCUUGCUAAGCAGCUCUCGUGUGAAUUCGCGGAGACAUCUGCAAAGACAAGGGCUGGCUUGGAGGUCGCGUUUUACACUGUCAUCAGACGGAUAAGAGACAACAACGAAGAGCAAAACCGGAGGACCGGCAAGAAGGAUAAGCCUAGCGCCAAACGAAGCGAGACCGCCCGAAAUAGCGACCGGACGACUCUGAUCCGGUUCGAACGAAGGACCCAUCAGCAAGCGAGUUGCAGGCCAGAGGGAUUGGCGUUUGCAGAUCAGCCGCGACAGAGAGGCCUUCUACAUGAUCGAAGCCAGACAGCUCCAGUAAGGCGCAAGAGCCAAGCUUGUGUCUGCAAGAAGAAGCAGACUCCUGUCAGAUCCGCGGCUGUUGUGAACAUGAUCUCGCCCCAUCAGCCGUCACAUGGCCUCGGCGGUGGCAGCGGCAACAGACGAGAGGUACACUAUCCUGAAGCUGGACAUGGCUUCGGUUCGACAGGCUUAUCGGGCGACUUGCCCUUUGCGUCGCCCAAAUCGCCACUUAGUCUGUCAGAGCUAGAGAGCGUCGCUCCUUCCAAUCUGUCUCAAUUCGUGCUCGACAUGGACGACAUCAACGCCUUUGUACAACCUUUUGACUCAAAACCUCAUCGGUCGACCAGCGAAUCCCUCGUUGGAUCGCCCAGAAAUGGACUUGCGCGGAUAUACGACCCAUCGAUGAGCAAUUCGCCCGAGAUGCCCGUCUCUGCUCUGUUCGGUCACCAGCGCGGCGGGUCUUUCGCGUUCAAAGCUACGCCCAAAGACAGCGAUCUAGCUCUGUCCGGCGGCUCGCUUGCCCCUCAUGAGACCUCAGCAGCCGCUUCGCCUCGCUCGCCGCACUCACCUGAAUCUCAACCAUCUACACCGAGCUCUCAUAAGCUCUCGUCUGGCUCACGAGGCUCGCCUGCUCCCUCGACUGUGCCGACCGCGACGCCGACUCCGAAAUCGAAUAUGGUCACUCUGAAGCAUUGGGAUGAGGAAGAUACAGACGUGUAUCUGAUCCAUACCGGCGCUUUCACUCUUGCUCGCCGAGCAGACGACGAUGCCAUCAAUGGCACAAAAUUGCUCAACGUGACCGGCAUCACUCGCGGUAAGCGCGACGGUCUACUGAAGAUUGAGCCCAACAGACGCGUCGUCAAAGUCGGUUUGAUGCACUACAAGGGCGUCUGGAUUGCACUCGAUCGAGCGAAAGCUUUGGCCGCUCAGCAUGGCAUCCUCGAUAUGGUGUAUCCUCUGUUCGAGCCGGACUUGUCAACUCGCGCAGUCCUGUCAAGUCCCGACGCGACCAUGCGACCCAACAGGUCGACCCUCAAGAUUGAUACCACGGCAGGCUCGGCUGCUCUGUCCCGUUCGCCGGCAUCUCCCUGCAGUCAUUCGGUGCCGGGUUCAUCGGAUCAGUCCGACUACAGUGGCAGGUCGAUGAUGUCUCCUGCCUUACAUUCGCCUCACUUCGGGAUGCCUAUCUGGACUCAGGCAUUCACGCCGCUGCCCUCACCGUCGCUCCAGGCGACAGCGCAGUUUGCGCAAUGGUCAGGCUUAGCCGAUGUCCCGUAUCCGCCUGCGAGCAGCACUCUGCCGACGAUGAUGAGUGUCCCGAUGACGGCAGCUCAUCUGCCGUAUGGCCAUUUGCCGCUAGCCUCUACAAUUUAUGAUGGCAUGGUACCACCCCUCGCGCAUCCACCGCCACUAUCGGCCACUUAUUCGGGCUUACCGUCACCCGCAUAUGCUAGAAGUAUACAGCCACACACAAUGCAGCCCCAGCAACAACAACAGCAGCAACAACAGCCACAGACGCAGACGCAGCUGCAGCCGCAGUCGCCUCGUCGUUUGCAGCAGGCUGGCUCGCCACAUCGAUUGUCGUUCAGCUCCUCAGACCCGGCGCUCGCCAGUCAUGCGGCUGCGUCCCGUCCAGCGCCAGCUCGAACGCAAUCAGCGCUCACAGCCAGCGCACCGAGCUAUCCGCGCUUCGAUCAUCUAUCAGACUUUGGCGGGUCUCUCAUGGACCCAUCCCAGCGACACGCUGUCGACAGUCUGCAUCUUGCGCUAUCGCAACAUAGACAGCGCAUGCCGAGCAAUCCAGCUAUAUUGAACCAGCAGAUGGCCUAUUCUGUCAGCACGAGCCCGACCGGACAGCGGAAGCGCGCCUUUGGCUCAGAACGACAAGCCUAUGAUGCGAUGUAUAAAGUCCAUCAGCAAGCUCUCGACAAUUCUGCAGAGCCAAAGAGGACGAAGCCUUCUUAG